UAUUUCCCUUUCUCAACAAAUGGAACUAAGGGGAAUCAACCCUGACUUUGUAACUUGCAAUCUCUUAAUCAAUUGUUUAUGCCAAUUGGGUCAUAUCACUUUUGCUUUCUCUGUUUUCUCAAAGAUUCUCAAAAGGGGUUAUCAUCCUGAUACAAUAACUUUUACCACACUCAUCAAGGGUUUUUGUCUUAAAGGUGAGGUUCAUAAAGCAUUGCACUUUCAUGACAAGGUGGUAGCACAAGGAUUUCAGUUGAAUCAAGUUAGUUACGGGACUUUGAUCAAUGGGUUAUGUAAAGUUGGAGAAACAAGAGCAGCUCUAGAGUUGCUGAGACGAGUUGAUGGGAAAUUGGUUCAACCUAAUGUGGUAAUGUACAGCACCAUUAUUGAUAGUAUGUGCAAAGAUAAACUUGUUUCUGAUAAAAAUUUAUUACUAUAUGAUGAAAAUUUCAUUGUAAUAUUCAUUGAGACCAAGAGGAGGAAUCAGAUUGUCUUGUUGUAUCAACCAAAACAUGUAGCUGCUAUGCUAGGACAUUUUGCAAUAGGAUUGAAUGGUUUACUUGAGCCAAAAGAACAUGCAUGGUCUCAAUUAUCACUUGUGAGCCGACCAAUGUUCUAUGUCUUGCUCCAGCAAAUUAUGAACAUGACACCAAUGACAAUUUCAAGGUUUAGGUAUGUUGCUGCUGUUUUUGUUUUUAUUCCAAAGUUUACUCCUUUUCAAUUUCCAAAACACUAUUUUUCAACCCUAAACCCUCAAUUUGAUAAUGUUAAUCAUCUGGAUGCUGCUUCAUUGUUCAAUCGUUUGCUCCAUAAGAAUCCUACCCCACCACCCAUUGAAUUUGGCAAGAUUUUAGGUUCCAUUGUGAAAGCUAAGCAUUACUCAAUUGCUAUUUCCCUUUCUCAACAAAUGGAAAUUAGGGGAAUUCACCCUGACUUUGUAACUUGCAGUCUCUUAAUGAAUUGUUUCUGCCAAUUGGGUCAUAUCACUUUUGCUUUCUCUGUUUUCUCAAAGAUUCUCAAAAGGGGUUAUCGCCCAAAUACAAUAACUUUGAAUACACUCGUCAAGGGUUUUUGUCUCAAAGGUGAGGUUCAUAAAGCAUUGCACUUUCAUGACAAGGUUGUAGCACAAGGAUUUCAGUUGGAUCAAGUUAGUUACGGGACUUUGAUCAACGGGUUAUGUAAAGUUGGAGAAACAAGAGCAGCUCUAGAGUUGCUGAGACGAGUUGAUGGGAAAUUGGUUCAACCUAAUGUGGUAAUGGGCCAACCACCUAAUAUAUAUACUUACAGUUCUAUAUUGGAUGCUUUAUGCAAAAGCCAUGAUGUUGACAAGGCAAUUGCAUUAUUGAAAAAAAUUAAAGACUCUGGUAUUCAAACCAGAUAUCGUACGUACACUAUUCUUCUCAAUGGAUUGUGUAGAAGUGGAAGAAUAGAGGAUUCACAAAAGAUUUUUGAAGAUCUUUUGCUCAAAGGCUACGAUCUAGAUGUUUGUACAUAUAAUGUUAUGAUCCAAGGGUUUUGUAACAAGGGCUUGUUGGAUGAAGCCUUGGAUUUGUUCUCAAAAAUGAAAGACAAUGGCUGCAUUCCAAAUGUUUUAACUUACGAAAUAAUUAUUCUUUCUCUGUUCAAAAGUGAUGAAAAUGAAAAAGCGAAGGAACUUCUUCGAGAAAUGAUUGUGAGAGGUCUUCUUUAAGACCGAAAGUAGGUAAGAUAUUUUUCUAUUUAAACAUUAUUAUUUUGAAUCAAUGUUUCAACAUUAUUUUAUCAUUUCAAUCAAUUUUGGUAAGUGUGUUUAUUCUUCAGAGAUUGGUAGAUUGGUGAGUUCCAACUUGAAAGAAAUUUGUAGAAUAUUAAAAUCAUUGUUGUCUUAUGUGUGUUGGGUUUUUUUU